GCGAGGUAGUCUCCGCUCCGGACACAGAUCAGCUUUUUGCUGCAGAGAAACCCUCGGGACAGCUUCCAACAUGUCGGUGAAGGAAAAGCUUGACCAGUUGUUGCCCUUGUUCGAGCAACUGACCACGCUCACAAGGGAACAGCUGCCGCCUGACCAGCGAGAUGCCAGACUGAUUGGUGUUGGAGUUCUGCCCAGAGGAACCCUGUUCUCUUGCUUCCACACGAAGCACCUACAGGAAGCCACCAAACUGUUCUUGGCUCUAUACUCUGCUGCUGACUUCGCUGAUUUCUUGGCUCUCGCCAAGCAGGCCCGAGAAGUAGUAAACGAAGGUCUUUUCGUUUAUGCUCUGUCCGUAGCUGUUGCUCAUCGAGAUGACUGCAAGGGCGUCACCCUGCCCCCCAUCCAAGAAGUCUUCCCUGACAGAUUCAUCCCGGCUGAAACAAUCAAUCUUGCAACCAAGGAAGCCAAAAAUAAGCCCACUGAGGACAUCGUGGUUGAAAUUGAAGAUACUGGCAACAUUCUUGAACCAGAAUACAAACUGGCCUACUUUAGAGAAGAUGUCGGUAUUAAUGCUCACCAUUGGUACUGGCACGUCGUGUACCCAGCCUAUUGGGAUUCAGCUGUUACUGGUAAAGUGAAAGACCGAAAAGGAGAAUUGUUCUACUACAUGCACCAGCAGAUGUGCGCAAGGUACGAUUGCGAGAGGCUAUCGAACGGUCUCCAGCGUAUGGUUCCCUUCCACAACUUCGAGGAAAGACUUGAAGGCUACGCUCCUCAUUUGACCUCUCUGGUCAGUGGAUUGCACUAUGCCUCCAGACCACAGGGCUUCAGCUUGAGGGACUUGACCGAUGUCGAUGUGCAAGACAUGGAGAGGUGGAGGGAACGAAUCCUGGAAGCCAUCGAUCUGCAGCACGUACAUGGUGAAGACGGCAAGGAAAUCGCCCUGGAUGAAGCCAAUGGUGCCAACAUUUUGGGAUCCAUCAUUGAAGCUAGCUCCGACUCGCCAAACAAAGGAUUUUAUGGAUCCCUCCACAACUGGGGACACGUGAUGAUGGCUAGAAUGCAUGAUCCUGAUGGCAGAUUCCAAGAAAACCCAGGAGUUAUGAGUGACACUUCAACUGCCCUUCGUGAUCCAAUCUUCUACAGAUGGCACAGAUUUGUAGACAACUUGUUCCAGGAAUACAAACUAACUCUGAAAACCUACACCAAGGAAGACUUGACCUUCGCUGGAGUGAAAGUUGUCAGUGCUGAAAUUCAAGCUAAACAGAACAAUGUGGUGACAACCUUUAUGAAGGACGAUCUGUUGGACCUUUCUCAUGGUAUCAAUUUCGGCACAGGCAAGAAAGUUUCGGUAAAGUACCACCAUUUGGAUCAUGAGCCCUUCUCCAUCAAUAUCAACGUUGACAACACCACUGGAGCUCCGAAACACGCCACUAUUCGAGUGUUCCUUGGACCUAAAUUCGACGAACUUGGAAAUCGUUUGGUUCCUGAUGAACAGAGACGGCUCUUUAUUGAACUCGACAAAUUCCACAAAGAACUGGCUCCCGGAAAGAACACACUCAGCCGAAAUGCUAUUGAAUCCGCCGUGACUCUGGCUCACACAUUCACCUUCGACGAACUGCAAGCAGGUAAAGGCUCACAAAACGCAAGCGAAUACUGCAGUUGCGGAUGGCCGGAGAACAUGCUCAUCCCCAGAGGAACCCACAAGGGAAUGGACUUCGAGCUGUUCGUCAUGCUCACAGACUACACCGUAGACAACCCUGAGGGCGCUGCCAACAAGACUAUUUGCAACGAUGCAGUAAGCUACUGCGGUGCUAAGGACCAGAAAUACCCUGACAAGAAGCCUAUGGGAUUCCCCUUCGAUCGCCCGAUCCAUGCUCGCACAGCUGCCGAAUUCCUCACAGAGAACAUGAUACUCCAAGAUGUCAAAAUCAAAUUCUUGGGCUAAGCGCAAAACAUAUGAACUACUUCACCACUAUUUUUUUUUCAGAGCAAAAUGGCAGCAAUCAAGUUUUUAAGAGUUAUUUCAACAGUCUUGUCAGUUACAAUCUAGUUUGGAAAUAAAACUAAAUAUUUAUU